UUAUAUAGUCAGCCAUUUGGUUCGCUCCGCCCCUGAGCCCGCGAGUCCUAGCCGGUUCUCCGCCUCUUCGUCCCGUUCGUACUCGCUCUUCUUCUCCUUUGCUCUCAACAUGACUGAUGCCACUAUGUCCUUCGCUAAGGACUUCCUGGCAGGCGGAGUGGCCGCGGCUAUCUCCAAGACUGCGGUAGCGCCCAUCGAGCGAGUCAAGCUGCUGCUACAGGUACAACAUGCCAGCAAGCAAAUCACCGCUGAUAAGCAGUACAAGGGCAUUGUAGACUGCGUGGUUCGGAUCCCCAAGGAACAGGGAGUUCUGUCCUUCUGGCGUGGUAACCUGGCCAAUGUCAUCAGAUACUUCCCCACCCAAGCUCUCAACUUUGCCUUCAAAGAUAAAUACAAGCAGAUCUUCCUGGGUGGUGUUGACAAGAAAACCCAGUUCUGGCGCUACUUUGCCGGGAACCUGGCAUCUGGAGGUGCAGCUGGGGCCACAUCCCUGUGUUUUGUGUAUCCUCUUGAUUUUGCCCGUACCCGUCUAGCAGCUGAUGUAGGCAAAGCUGGAGCUGAAAGGGAAUUCAAAGGCCUCGGUGAUUGCCUGGUAAAGAUCUACAAAUCUGAUGGGAUUAGAGGCCUGUAUCAAGGUUUCAAUAUGUCUGUUCAGGGUAUUAUUGUCUAUCGAGCCGCCUACUUUGGUAUCUACGACACCGCAAAGGGAAUGCUUCCAGAUCCCAAAAAUACUCACAUCUUCAUCAGCUGGAUGAUCGCACAGUCUGUCACAGCCAUUGCUGGCUUGAUUUCCUAUCCUAUUGACACGGUUCGCCGCCGCAUGAUGAUGCAAUCCGGUCGCAAAGGAACUGACAUCAUGUACAGAGGCACACUUGACUGCUGGCGGAAGAUCGCGCGUGAUGAAGGAAGCAAGGCCUUUUUCAAGGGUGCAUGGUCCAAUGUUCUCAGAGGCAUGGGGGGAGCCUUUGUGCUUGUCUUGUAUGAUGAGAUCAAGAAGUACACCUAAGUGUUUCCCCAGGGAUCUCUGUGACUAGCCAUGUUGUGUGUUGAGCAUUUUUGGACAGAUUCUGGGCUGUUUAUCAUUGGCAAUGAUUUGCUGGUUGAAAGUGGGGAGCAGUAAUAUUCAUUUCAUCAGUUUUGUCUUAAAGCUGUUUGUAUGAUGAUAAGAAUAAAGGGACUCAACUUACAUUUUUUAUUUCAGUCACUCCUGAUAAAGUUGAAUAAAAAUA